AUGAAACUUCCUCCGGGGUUCAAGUCUGCGGAUCCCAACAAAGUUUGUCGUCUUCGAAAGUCUCUGUACGGCCUUAAACAAGCUCCGCGCUGUUGGUUUUUGAAGUUGUCAACUGCUCUUCGGGAACUUGGCUUCACUCAGAGCUAUCAGGAUUAUUCUUUAUUCUCCUUACGACGAGGGACACUAAUCCUUCAUGUUUUGGUGUAUGUGGAUGAUUUUGUUGUUGCCGGAAAUAAUCUUCAAGCGAUCAACGAGUUCAAAGUUCAGGUCAACAAACGUUUUCAUAUGAAGGAUUUGGGUAAACUUAAGUAUUUUCUCGGUAUUGAGGUUUCUCGGGUUCCGGAUGGUUUUUGUCUCUCCCAACGUAAGUACGCUCUUGACAUUCUCUCUGAAACUGGUCUCUUAGGUGCUAAACCGUCUCCGCGGUAUCGCCAUCUGGUGGGCUGGUUCAUUUACUUGACCAUCACCAGACCAGACUUGAGUUACGCUGUGCAUAUCCUUUUUCAGUUUAUGAAAGCCCCUCUCGUUGAUCAUUGGGAAGCAGCCUUGUGUCUGGUUCGCUAUCUCAAAGGUUCUCCUGCUCAAGGUAUAUUUCUUCGUUCUGACAGUGAGCUUCAUCUCAGUGCAUAUUGUGACUCCGACUAUAACGGUUGUCCUUUAACUUAUCGGUCUCUCUCCGCCUACGUCGUUUACUUGGGUGACUCACCCAUCUCUUGGAAAACCAAGAAACAGAAAACGGUCUCCUCUUCCUCUGCGGAAGCAGAAUACCGCGCCAUGGCCUAUACUCUAAAGGAAAUCAAAUGGCUGAGGGCUCUUAUGCGCACGUUGGGUGUUGUUCAUUCUCACCCUAUCGAUCUUCAUUGUGACAGUCAAGCUGUUAUCUACAUUACAGCUAAUCUUGUCUUCCAUGAGCGUACCAAACACAUUGAGUCUGACUGCCAUCAAGUUCAGGAUGUUGUUCAGGCCAAGCUCAUUACAACUCAUCACAUUUCUACAAAGGACCAGCUGGUGGCCGAGAUCUUGACCAAAGCAUUGCCCGAACUUACCUUUGCAAGACUGAUGUCCACGUUUGGCGUUCGACAUUACGUACCACCAACGUGA